AUGGAUCUCAACAGCCUCUCACUCCAGGAGACCCAGAGAUUUUUGGUAACUGUCCUGUGUCUAUGUGCAGUCCAGGUCAUGGACGGGUUGAGAAGACGUACUAGGGUGCCACAGCCACCAGCACCACGCAGAAAGGACGGCAGGGCAGUGCAGAUUUGGGCUCGGGAGUGGCUGACACAGCGGCAACUAGUCUGCCAAGCCAUUAAUGACAUAUACAAACCAGAAGUGAUGAAGUGCCCCAAGACACCAGAAGGAUGGAAUGACGUAGCAAAACACUUCGCCUCCAAGUGGAACUACUUCAAUUGUGUGGGAGCCCUGGAUGGGAAGCACAUCGCGAUCAAGAAACCCAAAGGUGGAGGAUCACAGUAUUUCAGUUACAAGAAGUUUCACAGCAUCGUCCUCAUGUCCCUCUCCGAUGCAAAGUACAAGUUCCUGCUCGUCGACGUCGGUGCAGGAGGAGGUGCUGGGGAUGGAAGAACCUGGCAGAAGUGCAACCUGGCAAGGGUCAUCCCAAACAACCGAGCAGGACUCUCACAAGACAGAAAUCUGCCCAACGACAAUGAACCCAUCCCCUUCCACAUAGUCACCGACGAAGCUUUCGCUCUCAAUACGUGGUUGAUGAAGCCCUACUCCCACCAAUCACAAGAUCCCACCGAACAAAUAUACAGCUACAGAUUAUCUCGCGCUCGUCGUGUGGUGGAAAACGCAUUGAGCCUGCUACAGAUGAGAUGA